CAAGCUUUCUAACAUCAAGAUGGCGCCGAUUUCUUCUGCCAUGUGAAACAAAUCGACUUUAUCUGCCACCUUUCUUGUCACUGUUCGUUCUACAUCUUCUUAAGCAAAUUCAUGAAUCAAAUUAACUAAAGCCACGAUCUGUAGAAGUGAAGUGAAAAUGAACUCGGAAAGCAAAAGAAAGCUUCAUCAGUAUGUUGAGGUGGAGGAAGUAGGGCAACUUAAGAAACGAGUAGCAUAUCUGGAAGAAGAGACACACGUGAUGAUGCGAGAAAUGUCCCAAAACACAGCAGAAAGGAAGUCAUUGUUGAAGGACAUAUAUCGACAACUGAAACUCAUACAGUUCUCUUGUCACCCAAAAACCCAAAACAUUAUGGAGUACAAGUUUUGUAAGCAACAGGAAGGAGGGAGGGGAGAUGGAUUGUCUCAAGUUUUAUAUGAAGAUUUGAAUCCAACGGUGGUGAUUAGAGGUGGCUUAACAGCACAUUCAAUGGCGACUUCAAGUGAACAUGCAAAAAGUACAAUGUCAAACAUCUUAUGCAUAGAGUGUAAUGAUUGAAAGAGCAAUAGAUGACAACAUUUUAUCACUUGUGUAAUGUUUGAUCAUAGGGUAGAAUCUAGGAAAGGAAGGAAAGGAUUG